AGCAGCCUGCGGCUCGCUGAAGCCCUCCUGGCCCGGCCCCGCAGCUCCGGUCCGGAGCGCGCGGCUCCCGAGUUCCCGCACAGGUCAGCGCCUGAGCCGGGAUCCAGGGCUGGGCUUCCACGAGGCUCCAGAGCCCCAGUUGCAGAUGAUCGGUCCCACCUGUGUCCUGGGAACCCCCUCAGCAUUCCCGCCCCGGGUGGACGCCCUUCAUCCACAACCAAGAAGGGCCUCCCUGCCUUCCCUAGGUCUUGGGAAGCCCUGCUGAGUGGCUUGACCCGGACUCCUCCCUUCCUCGUCCGAAACAGCCACCAGCCAAGAUGCCGAGGAACCAGGGCUUCUCGGAUCCCGAGUAUUCGGCAGAGUACUCAGCGGAGUACUCGGUCAGCCUGCCCUCUGACCCCGACCGCGGGGUCGGCCGGACCCAUGAAAUCUCUGUGCGGAACUCGGGGCCCUGCCUGUGCCUGCCUCGCUUCAUGCGGCUGACCUUCGUGCCUGAGUCCUUGGAGAACCUCUACCAGACCUACUUCAAAAGGCAGCGCCACGAGACCCUGCUGGUGCUGGUGGUCUUUGCGGCCCUCUUCGACUGCUACGUGGUCGUCAUGUGCGCCGUGGUCUUCUCCAGCGACAAGCUGGCGCCCCUCAUGGUGGCUGGCGUCGGCCUGGUGGUGGACAUCAUCCUGUUCGCGCUCUGCAAAAAGGGGCUGCUCCCGGACCGAGUGAGCCGUAGGGUGGUCCCCUACCUGCUGUGGCUGCUCAUCUCAGCCCAGAUCUUCUCCUACCUGGGCCUGAAUUUCUCACGAGCCCACGCAGCCAGCGACACGGUGGGUUGGCAGGCCUUCUUUGUCUUCUCCUUCUUCAUAACGCUGCCCCUCAGCCUCAGCCCCAUCGUGAUCAUCUCUGUGGUCUCCUGUGUUGUGCACACGCUCGUCCUGGGGGUCACUGUGGCCCAGCAGCAGCAAGAGGAGCUGCAAGGGAUGCAGCUGCUGAGGGAGAUCCUGGCCAACGUCUUCCUCUACCUGUGUGCCAUCAUCGUGGGCAUCAUGUCCUACUACAUGGCAGACCGCAAGCACCGCAAGGCCUUCCUGGAGGCCCGCCAGUCACUGGAGGUGAAGAUGAACCUGGAGGAGCAGAGCCAGCAGCAGGAGAACCUUAUGCUUUCCAUCCUGCCGAAGCAUGUGGCUGACGAGAUGUUGAAGGACAUGAAGAAGGAUGAGAGUCAGAAGGACCAGCAGCAGUUUAACACCAUGUACAUGUACCGGCAUGAGAACGUCAGCAUCCUGUUUGCAGAUAUUGUGGGCUUCACCCAGCUGUCCUCCGCCUGCAGCGCCCAGGAGCUCGUGAAGCUACUCAAUGAGCUCUUUGCCCGCUUUGACAAGCUGGCAGCGAAAUACCACCAGCUGAGGAUCAAGAUUCUCGGGGACUGUUACUACUGCAUCUGCGGCCUGCCUGACUACCGAGAGGACCACGCCGUGUGCUCCAUCCUUAUGGGGCUCGCCAUGGUGGAGGCCAUCUCGUAUGUGAGGGAGAAGACCAAGACUGGAGUGGACAUGCGCGUGGGCGUGCACACGGGCACUGUGCUGGGCGGUGUCCUAGGCCAGAAGCGCUGGCAGUAUGAUGUGUGGUCUACCGACGUCACUGUGGCAAACAAGAUGGAGGCUGGUGGCGUCCCAGGGCGUGUGCACAUCUCCCAGAGCACCAUGGACUGCCUGAAAGGGGAGUUUGAUGUAGAGCCUGGUGACGGGGGCAGUCGCUGUGACUACCUAGAUGAGAAGGGCAUCGAAACCUACCUCAUCAUUGCCUCCAAGCCAGAGGUGAAGAAAACAGCGCAAAAUGGCCUCAACGGCUCGGCUCUGCCAAAUGGAGCGCCGGUGUCCUCCAAACCCAGCUCCCCCGCCCUCAUUGAGACCAAGGAGCCCAAUGGGAGUGCUAAUGCCAGCAGCUCCACCUCAGAGGAGGCUGAAGAGCAGGAGGCCCAGGCUGACAACCCCUCGUUCCCCAACCCCCGCCGCAGGCUGCGCCUCCAGGACCUGGCCGACCGCGUGGUGGAUGCCUCUGAGGACGAGCACGAAUUGAACCAGCUGCUCAACGAGGCCCUGCUGGAGCGGGAGUCCGCCCAGGUGGUAAAGAAGAGAAACACGUUCCUCCUAACCAUGCGGUUCAUGGACCCAGAGAUGGAAACGCGCUACUCCGUGGAGAAGGAGAAGCAGAGUGGGGCUGCCUUCAGCUGCUCCUGCGUGGUUCUGUUCUGCACGGCCAUGGUGGAGAUCCUUAUUGACCCCUGGCUGAUGACAAACUACGUGACCUUCGUGGUUGGGGAGGUCCUGCUCUUGAUCCUGACCAUCUGCUCGAUGGCUGCCAUCUUUCCCAGGGCGUUUCCUAAGAAGCUCGUAGCCUUCUCGUCUUGGAUUGACCGGACCCGCUGGGCCAGGAAUACCUGGGCCAUGUUGGCCAUCUUCAUUCUGGUUAUGGCCAACGUUGUGGACAUGCUCAGCUGUCUUCAGUACUACAUGGGACCUUACAAUGUGACAUCUGGGAUGGAGCUGGACGGCGGCUGUAUGGAGAACCCCAAGUACUACAGCUACGUUGCUGUGCUGUCCCUCAUCGCCACCAUCAUGCUGGUGCAGGUCAGCCACAUGGUGAAGCUCACACUCAUGCUGCUCGUCACCAGCGCGGUGACGGCCAUCAACCUGUACGCCUGGAGUCCCAUCUUUGAUGAAUACGACCACAAGCGCUUUCAGGGACAGGACUCUCCUGUGGUGGCCUUAGAGAAGAUGCAGGCACUCCCCACCCCUGGGCUCAAUGGCACCGACAGCAGGUUGCCCCUGGUGCCUUCCAAGUACUCAAUGACCCUGAUGGUGUUUGUCAUGAUGCUGAGCUUUUACUAUUUCUCGCGCCACGUGGAAAAGCUGGCCCGGACACUGUUUUUGUGGAAGAUUGAGGUCCAUGACCAGAAAGAACGCGUCUAUGAGAUGCGACGGUGGAACGAGGCCUUGGUCACCAACAUGCUGCCUGAGCAUGUUGCCCGCCAUUUCCUGGGGUCCAAGAAGAGAGAUGAGGAGCUGUACAGCCAGUCUUAUGACGAGAUUGGAGUCAUGUUUGCCUCCCUGCCCAACUUCGCCGACUUCUACACUGAGGAGAGCAUCAAUAACGGUGGCAUCGAGUGUCUGCGCUUCCUCAAUGAGAUCAUCUCUGAUUUUGACUCUCUCCUGGACAAUCCCAAAUUCCGGGUCAUCACCAAGAUCAAAACCAUUGGCAGCACCUACAUGGCAGCCUCAGGAGUCACCCCAGACGUCAACACCAAUGGCUUUACAAGCUCCAGCAAGGAGGAGAAGUCAGACAAGGAGCGCUGGCAGCACUUGGCUGACCUGGCGGACUUCGCUUUAGCCAUGAAGGACACGCUCACCAACAUCAACAACCAGUCAUUCAACAACUUCAUGCUGCGCAUAGGCAUGAACAAAGGAGGGGUUCUGGCCGGAGUCAUUGGAGCCCGGAAACCACACUAUGACAUCUGGGGCAACACGGUCAAUGUGGCCAGCAGGAUGGAAUCCACAGGGGUCAUGGGCAACAUCCAGGUGGUGGAAGAAACGCAGGUCAUCCUUCGAGAGUAUGGCUUCCGCUUUGUGAGGCGAGGCCCCAUCUUUGUGAAAGGCAAAGGGGAGCUUCUGACCUUUUUCUUGAAGGGGCGGGACAGGCCAGCUGCCUUCCCCAAUGGCUCCUCUGUUACACUGCCCCACCAAGUGGUGGACAACUCCUGAACGGCCUCUGGCUCCGCAGUGGUCAGCAUCGGAAGGAAAUGUUUUUGGAGGCGAAGAAAGGCUUUGGGAAAGGGCAAACGACCAAGGCCUGGUGUUCCCAAAUUGUUGAAGUGCACAUUCCCAUAGACUUUUAGGUUUCAGAUUUCCUCCAGCCUUCCUGUGUGGAUGUGAGCUCCGAGGGCAGCUCUUCCUACUCCUCAGUGUGCCUGCAGCUUCCCCGGAGUAGGGGUCAUAGGCAUAGUACUGGGACAGCCUUUCCGGAGUUCCGACGCAGCCCUUCCUCCCUAGAGAGGCCAUGGCCACUGUGAGCAGGAUGGCAGUGGCAGGGGAGUGAGGCUGCGGGGCUGGGCACAGGAGCGGGGCUCAGUGCCGGGAAGGCUCCCCGCCUGGCUGGGAUCGCUGGCUGCCCCUCCCGUCCAGUUAGGUCAGUGGCCCUUGCCCCGAUGUUCCUGAUAAUCUUGAAAGGUUCUUCUGGAACCCCUGUGUCACCUUAGUCACG